GACAAGGGGAGAGAAGGGCAAUAACUCAUUAGUGGAAGCUCUGUAUGUGUGCAUUCUGCUGUUUGCCACAUAUCUACAAGGGAGUUUCUUUAGAGUGCAGAGAAACCUGUAAACUGUUGGAAUAUUACAAGUCUUUCCUUGAGAUGUCAGCCAAGAGCUUCAGUACAGUCACAGUCGCUACUGUGCUUACUUUCUUCCUAAAGAUACAACCCUCAAUGCAAGCGCCGUUGAAUGGGUCCAAAUGGUCUUAUGUUGGUCCUGAAGGAGAGAAGGCCUGGCCAAAGAAAUACCCAUUUUGUGGAGGAGUAUUCCAAUCACCAAUAGAUUUCCACAAAGAUAUUCUCCAGUAUGACUCUAAUCUCUUGCCUUUAGAAUUCAUAGGCUAUAACGUGUCCUCCACUGACCAGUUUACAUUGACCAAUAACGGUCAUUCAGUGAAAAUGUAUCUGUCGCCUACUAUGUACAUCAGAAACCUCCCGUUUGAAUACACUGCAUCUCAACUUCACCUGCACUGGGGAAACAGAAACAAGUCAGAAGGCUCAGAGCACACAAUCAGUGGCAAGCAUUUUGCAGCAGAGCUGCAUAUUGUACAUUAUAACUCUGAGAAAUACCCAGACAUAAUGACAGCAAUGGACAAAGCAGAUGGACUGGCAGUUUUGGCUAUUCUUCUUGAGAUUGGACCCUUCAACCCAUCCUAUGAAAAGAUCUUCAGGCACUUCCGGAACGUGAAAUACAAGGAUCAGACGGUCCGAGUCCCUGGUUUCAAUAUUCGAGAACUGCUUCCUGACAGACUGGAUGAGUAUUAUCGCUAUGAAGGAUCCCUGACAACUCCUCCUUGCUACCCUAGUGUUCUCUGGACAGUUUUCCGACACCCCGUUAAAAUUUCACAAAAGCAGUUACUAGCACUGGAAACAGCCAUGUACUGCACAGAGAGUGAUGACCCAGAACCCCUGGAAAUGGUCAAUAACUUCCGAAACGUUCAGGAAUUUCAUGAAAGACUGGUUUUUACCUCCUUCCAUGAAGGUUUUGUUGUUUCUGUUGUGAUAGCCUGCGUUCUGGGAGUUCUGAUGAUUCUUUCAGUAGCCUUUUGGCUGCUGAAGAGGAAAAGCUGCAAAAAGGGAGGCGAAGACAACAGAGGAGUCAUCUACAAACCAGGCAUGUACAAGGAGGAAGACAUCUCCAAACUUUGAUGCCCUGCUCUGUCAGAAAAGCCCCUUUUCAUUCAUAGCACUGAUUUAUCUUGCAUUGGUGGAACAUGUCUCUUGUUCUUGGCUAACAAAAAGCCUCAAGAAUGUUCCAAAAAUGUACCAGCCAAAAGUUUUCUGUAGCCCUUGCUCUCUUGUUUUCCAUGGAGAUGUGAUCAGCGAAUACUCCUGAGCAAAAUUCCUCACCACAUUCUUUUCAUGUUUGCUGCUUACUGCGCCUGGGUCUUCUAAUUGAUUUUACAGUGAAUUCUAAACUCCAAUUUUAUGGUUUGUUUAGCACAGAUUUUCCCACAGGUAUUCAAAUCUGAAGACACUCAUCAAGCUACAAGCACUCUUCUCCAUUAAAUCAAGGUAUUGGUUUUAGCUUCAUGAAUAUAAACAAGAUAAAGGGCAAUGUGUAUUUGAGAUCAGAAUUUGAACUAGUUUGUUCAGCGUAUAGUUUUUAAAAUCCCAGCACAUGAUGCUAGUACAUUCACCAGUGGCUUUUAACAGAAAUAGAGGAAAAGACAAGUGUAAAUGCAAUAAGAGCCACACAGAUUGUUAAUGGGGUUCAAACCCAGGAAUUCAGUGCUGAAAAAACACUGCUAGAGGAACAGCUCACUUCCCAGUUAUUACACAGCCUCAAGAAUCUGUUAUGGAGGACAGCCUCUGUCUGUCAUUGGAAUUAGAGAAGCACCUUGUCUUAUUACAGUGCUCUUAUUUAUAGUGUGUGUAUGAAUGAUGUGUAGAUAUUGCAGUUGCUGCUGGUUUUUAGUAGACUUGCCAUUUAAUCAUGAAAUCUUGAUUGAUUUUACCAUACAUAUUGCAACUGCAAUUAUACAGUAGAUGGGUUUGCUGAUAUAGUUCUCUGAAUUUAGUAAUUUGAUCUUUAGAAAGUAAUCAAACUUCCUUUUCAAAUCUCACAAGCAAGAUACUCAUGAGUCUCAUCACGCAUCUUUGAAAGUGAAGCAUAAACCUCUCUGUUUCCACUGAAGACAAUGUGAAAUGUCAUUGACGUCAGGAAGAAUAGGGUUUAGCCAGCCCAGCCCCAGAUGUAUACAGAAUUCCUCUUGCAUUGGACAUCUCAAGUGAGGGCCUGAAAUGCUUGUACUUCAGUAUACAGGCAGGAAGGGAUUGAGCAUGGUGGCUUAUACCUAAAGUAACCUCAGGUCUGAAUGCUGCUAAACACUACUGAGGAAAUUGCAGUCUGAACUUUUAUCUUCAGAACCGUUUUACAUUCAGUAGCACCACCACCACAUUUGUGAUUUUAAAUAAACAAAAUGUUAUUGUAUGUGGUUUCUCCUUUAAAGAUGGCAGAUGCAUACUUUAUGUUUUAGAUUCUUCCCCUUCUACUCCCAAGAAAACUGAUGUCAAAAGCAAGCUUUUGAGUGAAAGGCGAAAUAACUUAUUAAUACUUACUGUACAUGAAAUUUAGGCACAUAGCCUUACAACUAAGCGUACAGCAUUUGCCAGCAUUUUUAUCUUGCAUAAACAAGCACAUAAAGAUCCUUUUGUUGAAACGUCUGAAAUUAUUUAAAAAGCAGCAUUUGUGUGCUAUGAGGAAUAUUACUUACUCUUUGAAUGCAGGUGUUUAAAGACAAGAACAAUAAAUUUUUGUGAUGUUA